GCAGUCACAGGACAACUAUAACGUACGCUAUAUUGGAGGUCCUUACCUAUCAGACUUGCUUUCUCCUGGAUAGCAAGCACUGCAAUGGCGGAUUACGAUAACUACGAUGACCGGGAUCGGGCUUAUGGUAGCUUUGGCGGCGGAAGAGGACCCCGAGGUGGUGGCGGCGGCAUGGGAGGACCCCGCAAGCAGAAGGAGCUCCCCACGGAGCCCCCGUAUACGGCCUACGUAGGCAACCUGCCCUUCAACACUGUGCAGGGCGACAUCGACGCCAUCUUCAAAGACCUCAUGGUCCGCAGUGUGCGACUCGUCCGCGACAAAGAGACAGACAAAUUCAAAGGUUUUUGUUAUGUAGAGUUUGAUGACUUGGAAUCCCUCAAAGAAGCUCUGACGUACGAUGGUGCACUUCUGGGAGAUCGGUCGCUGCGAGUGGAUAUCGCGGAGGGCCGAAGGCCAGACCGGGGAGGCGGCGGAUUUGGCUUCCGAAAAGACGACAGAGGAGGUCGCGGAGGUUCUCGUGGAGGGCCCAGAGGAGGCGGAAGAGACGACUUCGACUCUCACUCUGGAGGAGGAGGCUUUAAUAGAGAUGACGAUUUCAUGGGCGGCAGGAGUCGGGGCGGUGGUCGGCCCGGAGACAGGAGAGGGGGUGGAGGCAUGGGUGGAGGCAUGGGCGGAGGCAUGGGCGGAGGCAUGGCCGGAGGAGGAGGCGGCAUGGGAGGUGGAGGAGGUGGACGCUUCAGAGACGGACCGCGAGCCGGCCCCGGCACGGACUUCAGAGAACCCUCUGAAGAGGAAAGAGCCCAAAGACCAAGGCUACAGUUGAAGCCACGUACGGUCAGCGAACCACUAAACCAGGUGGCCAACCCCAACUCGGCCAUAUUCGGCGGCGCCAAGCCGCGGGAGGAGAACUAAUGUAUCCAUGUGGCUGCAUUAUUCCGGAAGGCUAGACUGGAUCUACGGGCUUUGUUCACCAAAAAUCUUUCAAAGACAUCUUCCCAAAGAAAACAGAAACAAAACAAAAUCCUGGCGGGGCUAGCAGGGUGCUGGGCUUCUCUUCCAUUCCUGUUCGCCAACAUGGGCACACAAAAAAAGAGAAAAAGAAAAACAAAAUGAUAAAAAAUAAAAAGAAAAAAGUUUCCAGCCCUGACCUGAUUGGCUAUGGAGCGGUUGGACCGAGGGCUUGUGGGAAACUGAGUCCCAGCAUUAUCUUCACCCUGCAUGCCCCCUUCUUUGGGAACCUCUGCCCCCCCUUCGCCAGACCUUAACUAAACUGAGGACAGUGGCUGCAGUUUCGUUCUGUUGCCUUUGGGUAAGGACUGUAUAAAAAAUGUAAUGUGUUUUUGUUUCUUUCCCAAGGCAUUUGUUUCUUUGUGCUUGGAUUAAAAUGAGAAGAGAGACAUAAAAAGUCUUUUCUGUAGUUCAUAAGACACUCGGUCUAGGUUGUGUCCCCUCGAAAAAAACGUUUACCUUUUAUUAUACAAUUCUCCUGUCUAUUCCUGGAAUGAACAGUAAUCCCUCUUUAUGAGUCACUGUCUCAGUUUUACAUUAUUUCAAAUCAGAAGAUAAUCUGAGCCAGAAUAAUUUUAUUGCAUUGCCAUAUCUCUGGCAUAUAUAAGCCCUUGAAAGAUUUUUUUGACCUAAGUCUGUUAAAUGCCAGCGGUGAGCUGCUUUCUGUAAUAAUGAAGUAAUUACUCCGCACCCAACCUUUCACCUUACACCCCUCCCACCCUUUCCUGUUUAGGAGCAACGUGAAUGCAUCAUAGGUUUGAACAUGGCCGCGCUAUGGGCUAAAAAAAAAAAAGAAGCUAUGUCUUUGUCAACCAACAUUCAACUUUUCAUGGCUUGAUGGUUAUGUACUUAAUUCAAGACGGUGAAAUAAUAAACAGCGCUCACUUAACAGUCAAAUGCUUAAUACAUAGGAAGCUUGUUGAACAAAAACAAAAACAACUGCUCACACGACAAAACUAAGGUGACAGGCACUUUGCCUGCCCACUAGAAGAUUAGCGUAGAAAUCUCUUGGGAUACCCAUGUGCCGCAACCAUUUUAUUUACAUUUUAUUCGACAUGAAAUGGAGAAAGUGACACCCUUUUCUUACUGUAUUAUAGAAAGAACAGCUGUUUUUAUUCUUUCUUUUUUUGUUGUUGUUUUCAUUAUUUCCUACACUGUUUAUGGCAAUAAAAUGUAUCAUCUUA